AUGCCAGAGCGGCGCCGGCGCUGUGCGCAAUGCGGCAGCACGCGCUUCCGGCUCCUCGCGGCGCAGCUCGUCUGUGCUGCGGGGCAUAUCCAGCGCGACUUUCGCGUGGAAGCGGCGCACGAUGAGGACGGAUUCGGGACGCAGAUCACGACGCGCGCGCGCACCGUCCACCGCGCGUCGCAGCGCGAAGCGGCGCAUGCCGAGCGGCGGCGGAGGCAGCUGCACGCGCGCCGCGUCGCGCGCGGGCGCACGCCGCUCGUCGUGCCGGGGUCCGCAGAGCAUGCGGCGCUCGACGACCGCGAUUCGGCCUAUCUGUACGGGCCGCGCGCGACGUUUGCGCUGGUCGAGGCGUUCCAGCUGAUGCUCCGUGCGCAGAUCGCCGCGGUCCAGCAGCUGUAUCACGUAGAGAUUGAGGGUGCGGCGCGCGAGGUGUGGGCGCUGCAUGUGUCGAGUGCGUCGCUGCCCGCGGCGCCGUACGACGCGGCGCGGCGCGAAAAACGCGCGUCGCCGCCGCGGCCCAUGUACCGCGUAGGGCGCCAGCGGUACGUCGACGACGCGCCGCGCGCGCACCUCGAGACGGUGUCGCUGCGCUCGACCGUCGCGGUGGUGUACCUCGCGCUGGUGCUCCGCCGCGUGCCGGUCACGCUCGGCGAGCUGCGAGAGCAUAUCCAGGCGGGCUCGCUGCCGUUUCUGCACGCCGCGCGGCGCCUGCCCGCGGCGCUCGUCGACUCGCUGUCGUACAGCGACCUGUCCUAUGCGGGGCUCGAUAGCGAGGUCGUGCCGAGCGUCAUGGAACUGCACCGCCGCGCGGGGGAUAUCGCGACGCGCUUGCACCUCGACAAUGGCCUCGUGUUUCCCGAGGUGAAUGCAGCGCCGAUCCUCCAGCGGCUCGUGCACCGCAUGCUGCUCCCGGCGCCCAUGUACGUCGGCGCCAAGGCGCUCCUCUCGUUUUUGCACAUUGACAUGCAUGUGCGGAACGUAUCGGUGAAGCUUCCCAGGGCACGCAGCCGCUCGCGCGACUCGGACACGAGCGACGCCGAGGGCGAGCCGAGCGUCACAAGCUACUCGCGCAACGCGGCGAUUCCGCGCUGCGUCAUGCUCAUGGCGGCACUCCUCGUGAUGGCCAAGCUGCAGUGGGGGCUCGACGGGCAACCGCGCAGCGCCGCGCCGCGCGAGCUCCACGGCGCCGUCGCACACGCAGGCGCGCCGCCGUUCCACGCGUGGCUCGAGACGCUCCAGACGUCGGUCGCCAACGGGCCAUUCUGCCCGUGGGAUACCGAGACCGACGUCCUGGGCUUGUCCGAUACCCAGGUCGACGCGUACCUCGACUUUUUCGAAAAGGAGUUUGCCGCAGGGCAUGUGCCGUCGUCAAUGAGCCACGCACGCCGCGACGGCAUCGCCGACCUGCUUUCGUUUGGCGACGAACGCGGACAGGGUGCCGUGGACCGUGCGGCGAUCCGCGCCGAGCAGCGUGCGCGGCACGCGGCGCUGCGUGCCGCGCUCUAUGCGGCGCCUGCACACGACGCAGGCACGCUCGAGGCAGGCGAGGCGUACCCGGUGUACGCCCACGACCCGUCCGGCACGCUUCCGCGCGACUUUUUGCACGUCGUCCACGCCGCGAACCGCGUGCUGGGCCUCGACACGGGCCCUGUCCCGCAGUUCCAGGGCACCGAAGUGAAGCACGCACGCGACCAAGAGAUCCUCCUCGACACGGUGAUGCAGCUGGACGAGGCGCUGCUCAUGACCCUCCAGCGCAAGCGCAACGCGCGGGGGAAGUAA